CGCAUCAACGGAGCAAGCGUUUGUGUUUGUCUGUACAUGCAUAGACCUGGAGCGCAGGUGUGCGGAACCAGCUCAGCCAUGACAUUCCUCCGCAGGUUGCAAUGGAACGACUCCUCCGUUCUAAUCCAUCCCCCCGGGUUCUACAUCAUCGGCUUCACCUCCCUGCCCUUUGCCAACCUCUACUUCAUCUUCCUCGCUUUCGUUUACGUGGUGACAGUCGUGUUCAACACAUUUGUGAUCUAUAUAAUAUCCGUGGACCUUCGCCUCCACAAUCCCAAGUAUAUCGCGGUUGGUAACCUCGCGGUGGUUGAUCUGGUGCUGAAUACUUGCAUUAUUCCCGGUAUGCUAAAGGCGUUUCUAGCUAAGAACAAUUUUCUGCCGUUUAAUCUGUGUAUGGUACAGAUGUAUGUGUAUUAUUCCUUCAUAUCUAUGGAAUCCUUCUCCAUCGCCGUGCUCGCCUAUGACCGUAUGAUCGCCAUAUGUUUCCCUCUGAGGCACGGCUCCAUCAACACCAUGACGAGUAUGUCGUGUAUUCUCGGUGUCAUCUGGUGCUUCUGUCUUGGUAUACCGAUAUUCAGCACAGCCAUUAUGACCAGGCUGUCCUACUGCGAUUCCGUUAACGUCUACAGCUAUUUCUGUGAUUACGCACCAGUGUUUCGGCUGGCAUGUAACGACAACACCCUGCAAUGGGCUGUGGCUUCAGUUCUGAGCCUGGUUAUACUCCUCGGCCCACUGUCCUUCAUCAUUCUGUCAUACAUGAGUAUUCUAAUCGCUGUGUUCAGGAUGAAAAGCGUUGAGAGUCGUGUGAAAGCGCUGGCCACCUGCACUGAGCACCUCAUUCUAGUGGCAGUAUUCUUCUUUCCGGUUCUGACUAUUUUCAUGGUUGGGUUAUUAGCGCGCAUCAAACCAGACCCUGACCUGCGCGUACUGAGCCUGUCGCUGGCCUCGUGCAUCCCGCCCUGUCUCAACCCCAUCGUCUACUCUCUGAAAACUAAAGAGAUCAAGAACAAAGUGCUCACCAUGUUCAGGAGAAUUAAAGUUCAAGUAGUUAACGAUUGAUCUUUACGCAUAGGUUGCUACGUGCGUGAAGUUACCAUCAAAUCAAAUGUAUUGGGCUGUCCAUAUCAAGGGGUUGAAAUGGGGGGAGGACAUGCAUAUAACUCAUACAUAACUUAUUUGGUCCUUUCGAAGAUUACAUAUCAUGCACUUGGCGUGUCAUUGCUUAAAUUUGAGUUGAUAAUGAGCGAGCAACGUUUUUAAUCUAUCAUCCGUUUUAUUCUCAACAUUUUCAUUGAUUGUCAUGAUUGUGUCAUGGUUGUCCAUCUGAUGAAGAAGGCCCCUCCACACGCACUCCCCCUUGUUAAACACAGAGGUAUCACAGAAAUUAGUAUCAAUGAUUUACAUUUCCUUUUCAGCUUUCCUACACAUUCUGAAAUAACAACACAUUUGCUCAUCCUAAUCCUAUGUCAUGAACCAAAUGUAAUCCCUUGAAAUGGGCAUGGUAAGCUCUAUAACCGACUGAAUAUUCCCAACAUCUUCUAGUAAUAAAGCAGAAAAUCAAACACAUAAUGUAUCUCUGUAAUGUUUUAUUUUCUGAGUGCUUCAACAGGUUUAAUAAGGCUACCUGGUUGAUCCUGUUCUUUUAUCAAUAUGUUCUCAAUAUUUGUCACUAUGUUUUUAUCUGUUUAAGUCCUGAUCUGUGAAGCUCACUGGACUGCAAUAUAUUCUAAGAAAGAUGGUAAAGAAAUAAAGUCUAUUAUCAUCAUCAUCAUCAUCAUCAUCAUCAUGCUUUGUGAAAUACAAGCCUUGGCUCAAACUGCAGGGUUAGAAACAAGCUCAUUUUAGGAGUAUAGAACCGUCACAGAAUAUGUGUUUCCUUUGGCAUGUAACCACACUCCACGUAGUGGCGGCCUGUCAUUCAGGGAGGGGGUUGCCUGUUUUGCAUGUUAUUUUAGAAUUAAUACGUGUCUCAUAUCAGUUUGCAAACAAUGUAAAAUUAAACGUUUUAUUAUUGACUUAA